AGGGAUGAAAAGGAAAGUGGGAAAAUUUUGUAGGUCAAGAAGGCAGCUAGUACUGAAUGAAGUGGAUUCUGGAUUCUGGAAGUAGAAGGCAGUACCAGAUUCGCUAGCAAUAUUUGUCAAACAUGUACUCCUAUCUGUUUUUGUUUUGAUUCUGGAUUCUGGAAGUAGUUCUGCAUUUGGAUAAUGAUUGUGGCUCGUUAUGGAGGAUCACUUUCACAUCCUCAGUUCGGAUUGUGCAAUUCAAGGAUUUUCUGCUCAUCCGAACCAGGCGUCACGUUAAGGCGGCGAGUACUGAAUGAAGUGGACAAUGAGCUGAGCAGAGGAGAUGAGAGAGCUGCACUGUCGCUCGUCAAAGAAUUGCAAGGAAAACCAGGCGGCCUUAGGUGUUUCGGCGCCGCACGGCAGAUACCCCAACGACUGUAUUCCUUGGACGAAUUGAAAUUGAAUGGAAUAGAAACCGUGUCUCUUUUAUCACCAGUUGACUCCACACUGGGCUCUAUUGAAAGAAUCUUGCAGUUAGCGGCUAUAUCUGGCUGGAUUGCGGCUUGGAAUAUACUCCAUUUAAAUCCUCAACAGAUUCUCUUCAUCUCUUUGGGACUGAUGUUUUUAUGGACAUUUGAUUCGGUCUCCUUUAAUGGAGGGCUCAGUGCAUUGGUUCUUGACACUACUGGUCACACCCUCAGCCAAAAGUACCAUAACAGGGUUACUAAGCAUGAAGCAGGGCAUUUCUUGAUCGCCUAUUUGCUAGGAGUCCUUCCUAAGGGUUAUACACUGACAAGUUUGGAAGCUUUCAAGAAGGAAGGAUCACUGAAUGUUCAAGCUGGGACCGCAUUUGUGGACUUUGAGUUCAUCGAGGAGGUCAACAAAGGACAAGUGUCAGCUACAAUGCUGAACAGGUUUUCUUGCAUUGCUCUAGCAGGUGUAGCAACAGAGUAUCUUCUUUUCGGAUGUGCUGAGGGGGGACUUGCAGAUAUUAACCAGUUAGACAUGCUACUUCGAAGCCUGGGGUUUACACAGAAAAAAACUGAUUCUCAGGUGAGAUGGGCUGUACUGAAUACCAUAAUCAUUUUGCGCCGUCAUGACAAUGCUCUAGCAAAGCUUGCAGAGGUAAUGUCAGAAGGAAGAUCAGUAGGCUCUUGCAUUGACACAAUAGAAGAAAACAUAAGUGAUGAUGGCUGGUAACUCUUCUUAAGGGAAACACGCUAAUAAUAUGUCGACUAUACAUGUUCUUUGAAUUGCUUGCUUGUAUUCUCACAUCAUCUUUCAGAUCAAUUCUGCAGCUUCUUGUCUGUAUAUAAUUCAUGUAUAAGAGUAUGUUUCAUGCAUGUACGGGUUAGGUGUAAUGUUGAUGACAAGCACCGGUUUCCAAAGUGAAGGUCACGGUUCGAAUCUCAUCCCGAUAGAAAAUUGACAUUACUAUAAAUGCUAUAUAUAUAAAU